GCGGGACUCUUGGAAAAAGACGCAUCUACUCUCGGUCCAUCACCGAGACAUCCAUCCCGAACACAGAGGGCUGCGCAGGAUUACGCUAAACUGAUGAUGCUGUCGGGAUCUCCUUUUUCCUUCUUUCUUUCAUUCUUCUUCUUUCUUUUUUUGAAAGCCCACCAAGAGAGGCUCCGAUCUUCCGUCAGAAACAACGAAUAUUAGAGAGAAACUCGCUGUGAAAAGCACUCUUGUCUCCUCUGAACUUGCGUGAAGGAAUCCGACGGCUUGGCACGUUGCUCCACUGCGGGGAAAAAGCAAAAAAAAGAAGGAGGGGAAGAAAAAAAAACCGCAGCUGGAUCUGAAGGUAAGAAAAGAUCCAGCAGGGAGCAUCCCAAAGACUUUUCUAUCCCAAACUGAUUUUUGGUCGUGAGUUCAUUUUUUUUUUCUCACCUCGGCGUCCGGAGAGCACGAGCAGUGGGGCUUUUUGUGUGUGUGUGUGUGUGUGUGUGUGUGUGUGUGUGUGUGUGUGUGUCUUUUGUGCGCUGCUGCAUUGCAGUUUCCAACUGUGAAAAACGCGAGUAAAGCCGCUGUCCCACAUGUGACUGGAAUUUUAAAAAAAAAAAAAAAAAGACAAAAGGAAAGAAAAGAAAAGAAAACUUACAAACGGCAUUAUGAACUGAUAAGCGUCCUCGAGUGGCACACGGGAUAGCUCCCCGGUCUGCGGGACGAGUGAAGUGGAUUAAUCGGAGGCUGAUGAAUUAGUUCGUCGUUUUCUUCUCUCGCGGCGGGGAUGGAUGUGUUCGUGUCUUUGUGGCGUGAAAAGCCCAGCAAGACGACGAAAUUGUUAUUAUAAGAAGUGUAGGAGGAGGGAUAGAGAGAGGAGAGGAGAGGGAGAGAGGAGCCCCGCGCCGCUCAAGUGAACUACAGUGAGAGUGCGGAAGCUCUCCUCCGGACCUCAGGCGGCAAGUCCGCAGAGAGCGAUAGGGAGGAGGUAAGAAAAGGGAUAAAUCAAACACCCACGCUGCGAGGUGCACCGGAGAGCACGAAACACCGACAGAGACGAGGCAAGCCGCAGCUCGGAGGCAGACAGAGCGGUAUAAAAAAAAAAAAGAGCGGAGAGGAAGAAGGAGCCAUGCAGAGGCUUGGUGCAGUGCACUCCUCCGCGGCGCAGGCUCUCAGCCUCCUGGUCUUAGUGCUGCAGCUGCUGACUCAGCUGCCGGGUGCCGACUCAGCUCUCCGGUACCGGGUGGCGGAGGAGGGCCCGCCUGACGUCAAGAUCGGCAACGUGGCCGCCGACCUGGGCCUCACGGCGGGCACGGGCAGCGGGGACGUCACCUUCGCCCUGGAGAGUGGCUCAGAGUACUUCAAGAUCGACAACGUGACAGGUGAGCUGACGACGGGCCCGCGGCGCAUCGACAGGGAGAAGCUCCCGCAGUGCCAGAUGAUAUUUGACGAGAACGAGUGCUUCCUGGACUUCGAGGUGUCCGUGAUAGGGCCACUGCAGAGCUGGGUGGACCUGUUCGAGGGCCGAGUGGUCAUAACAGACAUCAACGACAACACGCCCUCCUUCCCCUCACCUGUGCUCCAGCUGUCGGUGGAGGAGAACCGCCCAAUAGGAACCCUCUACCUGCUGCCCACGGCGACCGACAGGGAUUUCGGGCGAAACGGCAUCGACCGCUAUGAGCUCAUCCAGGAUGGGGGAGCUGGGUCAAGCUCAGCGAGGCGCACGGCAGGAGGGAGCCCCAUCGCCAGGGUGGAUGGACUUGGUGACCGGAGGGGUCGAAGUGGAGACAGUGGAGCCGGGGCCAGGAGCACCGUGUUCGAACUGCAGGUCGCAGACAUACCAGACGGCGAAAAACAGCCACAGCUCAUCGUGAAAGGCACGCUGGACCGCGAGCAGAAAGACUCCUAUGAGCUCAUCCUCAGGGUUCGAGAUGGAGGGAACCCGCCACGUUCCUCCCAGGCCCUGCUUCGCGUUUCCAUCACUGACGUGAACGACAACAGCCCGCAGUUUGAGAGGUCCACGUACGAGGCAGAGAUGGCAGAGAAUGCUCCCCCAGGUACACCUGUCCUCCAGGUCAGAGCCUCGGACCGAGACAUUGGCGUCAAUGGGCAGGUGGAGUAUGUCUUUGGAGCUGCCACUGAAUCUGUCAGGCGACUCCUGCGUCUGGACGAGGCAACGGGGUGGCUGAGCGUUCUCCACAGGAUCGACAGGGAAGAAGUGGCUCAACUGAGGUUCACAGUAACGGCCAGAGACAGAGGUCAGCCACCCCGCACCGACCGCACCACUGUCAUACUGGCUGUCCGGGAUGAAAAUGACAACGUCCCAUCCGUAGAGAUCCGAAAGAUUGGACGGAUCCCUGUCAGGGAUGGAGCGGCGUUAGUUCCAGAGAACGUUCUGGUGGACACCCCAGUGGCUCUGGUGCAGGUGUCGGACCGAGACCAGGGAGAGAAUGGGGCUGUGACGUGCACCGUUGUAGGAGACGUCCCGUUCACUCUGAAGCCAGCCGGCGAAACAGCACUCCCACCCCUACCUGCAGAUGAAGCCUUUGACAGGAAUAAGAAAAAGUACUUCUUACAUACUUCUGCCUUGCUGGACUAUGAGGCCACCAAAGAGUACAGUGUUACCAUUGUGGCAGUGGACUCUGGGAGCCCCAGUCUGUCCAGCAACAGCUCCCUGAUGGUGCGAGUGGUAGACAUCAAUGACCAUGCCCCAACCUUUGCCCAGAGUGUUGUGGAGGUCCACUUUGCCGAGAACAACUCACCUAGUGAAAGGGUCGUCACUGUGGUGGCCACAGACGCAGACAGCGGCAAGAACGCUGAGAUUGCAUACUCGCUGGAUCCGGCUGGUAAUGGGCCAUUUUACAUAGAUGCAGAUAAUGGAGAUAUACGUGCCACGGGGGUUCUGGACCGUGAGCAGCGAGAGAGGUACGAACUCCGGGUCAUUGCCAAGGACAAGGGAACCCCGUCUCUGCAAGGCUCUGCAACUGUUGUUGUGCAGGUGACCGACCGCAAUGACAACGCGCCAAAGUUUGUCCAGGAAAUCUUUACAUUCUACGUGAAAGAGAACCUGCUUGCCAACAGCCCAGUUGGCAUGGUCACAGUGACCGACGCAGACGAAGGCGAGAACGCCGAGCUCAGUCUGUUCGUAGAGAUGGAUGGAGCUGAUGAAAAGAAGCCAGGAGAGAAAACAGAGGGAGAAGAUGGCGAGAAAGGGCAAGAGGAGGUGUUCUCCAUCGAGAACAACACGGGAACUAUCUUCUCGUCAGCGUCAUUCGACCGCGAAAAACUUUCCACCUACACCUUCCGUGUCCGAGCUGUGGAUGGAGGGGAGCCACGCAAAACCGCCACUGCCACCGUGUCGCUCUUUGUGACGGACGAAAAUGACAAUGCCCCUUCAAUCACCUCUCCUGCCAAUGAAUCCUACACGCUCCUUCCUCCUGCCAGCAGUGCCCGCACCAUUGUCAGGACUGUAACAGCCAUAGACUCAGACACUGGCCUUAAUGCAGACCUUCACUAUGCUCUUGUGGGGGGAAAUCCAUUCAGACUGUUUGAGAUUGGCCACACCAAUGGAGUGAUCACUCUUGCAGAACCUCUGGAGCGGCGCCACAGAGGUCUGCAUCGCCUGGUUGUCCGUGUCAAUGAUAGCGGGAUCCCCUCUCUCUGUGCCACUGCCCUGGUUCAUGUCUUCAUCAACGAGAGCCUGACAAACGCCACCCUAGUGGAUGCACAGGUGGCCCGAAGCUUGAUGGCUCCCCUGUCUCUGGAUAUCGCGGGGGAUCCAGACAGCGAGCGUGCAUUGGGGAAACAGCGGCUCAGUGUUGCCAUCGGUGUCCUGGCGGGAGCUGCAGCUGUCAUCCUGGUCAUCCUGCUUGUAGUCACAGCUCGGCAGUGCGGCGCUCAGGGCAAGAAUGGCUACGAGGCCGGGAAGAAGGAGCCGGAGGAAGACUUCUUCAGUCCUCCGGGGGCUCAACCACAGGCCGGCCGGGGGAGGGGAUCAGACCGUGGGCGCAAACCUCGACGGGACAAACGCAAUGGGAGUGGCGGUGGUGCGGUUGUCGGAGGAGGGAAGUCCGACAGGUCACUCUACAGCGGCAUCGUCACAGUCAACGGGCUGCGCCGCCACGCCAAUGACGAUGAUGAGGAGGAUUUGAGCAGCGCGAGUGAGCGCCUGGCGGCCCGCUACUGUGUCGUGGACGGUGACCCCGGCAGCCCGCGCAUGAGCGGUGGCAGGAGACACCAGUCAAGCCCAGAUCUGGCCAGGCACUACAAAUCCAGCUCCCCUCUCCCCGCAGUGAAUCUGCAGCCCCACUCCCCCCCAGCUGAGGGCAAGAAGCACCAGGCGGUCCAGGACCUGCCUCCCUCCAACACCUUUGUGGGCAGCGGGGGCUGCGUGGGGAGUGCCGGCUCCAGCAGCAGCAGCAGUGGGGGCAGUGGCAAUGCAGAUGCCAUGUCCCUAGGAUCUGACCAGUGCUCAGAGUACGGCUGCCAGACUGGGAACAAGUACAGCAAACAGGGGACCCUUCGCCGGGUGACCUUCUCGGUAGUCAGCCAGCCCCAGGACGGCGGUUGCUAUGACAGUGGCCUGGAGGACUCGGAGACGCCGAGCAGCAAGAGUUCAUCAGGGCCGCGGCUGGGAGCCCUGCCGCUGCCCGAGGAAGGCUACGAGCGGACGACACCGGAGGGCAGUGUGGGGGAAGAGGAGCAUGUGGAGAAUGAUGCCAGACAGCUGCCAGAUGUAGCCCUGACAGGAAAGUGUACCAGGGAGUGUGAUGAGUUUGGCCAUUCUGACACUUGUUGGAUGCCCAUCCGCCCAUCGCCUCGCCAGCGUCAGCGCCACGGCAGCGACCCCCCUCGGCUCUCCACCUUCGCCCCGGGAGACGAUAACAACAAUCUUCGUGGCAAUGACCAUGAGAGCGACAGCGAGAGCGCCGGCAGCGCGGGGAGCUCAGAACCCGGGAUGGUCGUCGGUGGAGAAGGUCAGAGAUUACCUUUAGUCAACGGAGAUCCUCUCGGCACCCUGGGUAGAGGAGACCGCAACAGGAACGUGGGCGAUCACAACCGUAACCUUCUGAACCGCAAGAUGACUUCAGCAUCCUAUGACACGUUUAGCAGCGCAGGCUUCGGGAGGCGCCAGCCAGAGGAGGAAGGAGGAGAGGGCCAGAACCCACCUGAGGUCAUACCACUGACGCGGACAGGUGGCGACUACAAGACCACGUCCUGCCUCACGUUGUCACGCCGCGAGGUCUACCUGUGACAGCCUUGCAAUGGAGCAAUCAUCGCAACACCACUCCCAUCUCUGAAAAAGAGGGAGGGUUAAGACUGAAGUUGGAAAGUCAUCAGUUUGGAAGGCCUUUUAAACCUGUGAAGAUGUGAAAAUGUCAGAAAAGAUGUUUUCCAAAAGCUGUAUAUCAAAUUGGAACUUUUGGAUUCUGACUAAUAUUUAUAGGCACUUAAAACUUAAGCAAGUGAUGGAUCAACUCUUUGUGGAGCUCUGACCAGGAGCUCUUUCUGAAAACAAAGUCUUUUUUUAACUACUAUUGAAAGUUGCCUACAGGCAAAUAUCCCAUUAUGUCCAUGUGGAGGAGGACAACUUCAUCUCUUCCCUUUACCUGAAUCCAGUGCAUGCCUGACCCUCUGCCUCAGAGGGAUCCGUGUGAAGAAGAGAGAAAGGAGAGAUUCAGACUGAACAAAUCUCAAUGCUAUAAAUACAUACAAGGCUACAGCAAGAGAGAUUUAGACUCCGCUGCUGGAAAACUCAUCAAAGUUUUAUCCAGUUAAAAUUGUUGAAAAGAAGUAACGGGUCUUUGAUUGAGUUUUUUGGAUGUAAUUCAAACCAAUCAAACUUUCUAAUGACUAAUCAAUUCUAUGAUAACACAAGACGGGGAUAUUAACCAAUCAAACUGCUAACCCCCGCCAUAAACAGAGUAUCAAAGCACCAACAGUGUGGUCACUGUACAGUUACGCGGUAGAAAAAAAAAAAAGUGCUGAUCUCAGAAAUCAGGUAUCGUUCUUUAAAAACAUAAUCAAUUCAGAACAAACUGCAACAAUGUGAAAAGACUGUUUUUUUUACAGUAAUCAGAUGUAACCAUUCAGAAUACAAGGUUCUCAUAAAGUGUCAGUAAUGCCACUGUGUCCCAGCGUGUUUGAAAAUACGUGGUUUUUUUUAUUAUUUUGCCUCCACAUCCAGUCUGUAUGUAUAUAUUGUAUGUGUGUAUUUGAUAAGACAGCAGUGUUAUCGCUCUGCUGGUGUCCACCGUUUCAGAGUAGACUGAGGUGCUGAGCUCGCUCACACCUGCAGUAUCCUAACAAUGUUCAUGCAUCAUAAAUGUUCUUUCGCACACACGCACACACAUAGACACAUGCACGCAUGCACGCACUUACACACACACAGACUGAAGCAUGUGAACACAAACUCAUACAGUGCAUUUACAGAAUGUGACCAUGCCUAGGGCCACAGUUUAUGACAUGAUUCAGUGGCAGUGUAACAUAAAGUAUAUAAUAACUUGCAUUAACUUUCAUACAGAAAACAUUAAGCACACACACACAGACACACAGAGAGAGACACACACACGCAUACAGCAUAUUAAAAUAUAAGUAGAUACAAACCCAUAUUAAGAUGUGCUCAAUGCACAAUUCAUAUGCACUAUGUGUGUAUGUGCUCUUAAUCAUUAUUUUUAACAUAUUGCCUCUCAUUGAACUAGCUGUAGCAUUUUGCCUGCUCCCCUCCAGCCAGUAUUUAAAAAUGAAAUGUAUUUAAAUAAUUACUCAUCUCUCCGACUGAUGUGUGGGGGGCUACAUUAAAGGGAAUUUCAGACAUGACAUCUACUGUAUGUAAUGAUAAGACAAUGUGGGAAUAUGAGAUAUUCUGCAUACUGUAAGUAGGACUCAUAGAAAAACCAAAUUUCUGUACGGAAAAAAAAGGAAAAUGAAAAAAGGACUCUGCAUGAAGGAAAGAUAAUGCUAACUUUUUUUCUCUUUUUUAAAAAACCAUACGCCUUUUUGGAUACCACGCCUAUUUGGAUACAUCUGUAUUAUAUGUGUGUGCUUACGGGGGAAAUGGAGAUAAUGACGGCGGCAAGGGAGUUAGCUUCAGUGGAUUAAACUGUUCCUUCUUUAUCGUGCAGCAACUUUGGGGUAACCUUGGGCCUUUCUCUCAGUUUGCACGGCCCUGCAGUUGGCACAAAGAGUGCCGCAGGCUGUGACAACAAAGAACACAAUGUAGUGGGAGCGCAGAAUUCUGCUGCACCCUCUUCACCGCACAGUGCCGACCUGAACACGCCCAUACUGCUGUGCUGAACCACACAGAUAACAGACUCCUUCACGUUCGUCCUUCCCAGCAGCUACUGCACGACUCCAGACACACUCUGCUGCACUGGGCUGAAGAGUGGGUGUGGAUCGAGGCCAGCACAUCUUAAUUCCCAUCAUCAGUGUGUGGUUCAGUGGUGUGAUAGGGAUAAUAGGGUUAGGUCGUCCCUGUGGUCUUAAUGAGUUUCCUUUCUCCUCUCGUCUCCUCCCUUGAUCUGCACUGAUCUCAUUAAUGUCUGGAUAGGCGAAUGUAACACUGCUGGAAAUUGCCAGUGAGUGGGUCUCUUCAUUUUUCUGGUUGUUUGGAUCAGAUGACGCAAAGGAGACCUGCUUGUGAAGGAUGUGCCACAAAAUACAAAAUACAAGUUCAUAGAUCCUUGUAGAGCACAGCGUGAGUCAGAACAGAGAACACUCAGGAAAGAUGUGUCUUUAACUUGUUGUUUAACCAACUACUUACGGUUGUGGCCACACACAAAGUCAUAUGCUGUUACUGCUUGACCUUCCCCUGACUGAAAGGGAAACCGAUGUGUGGAAGCAGUUCAGAACCAUGUCGUCUUAAACAGGAUGAGAAAUGGGUGUUCUUAACAGUAUGUAAGUGAUUACAAUUUGUAUACCUGUAUAUACCUUAAUCUUCACAACUGUGUGGCCGACCCACAUUUAGACCACUGAUGUACUUACUCCCUAAGCCUUCAUUACCCCCAAAUCCCCAACAUGGCUGUUUACUGAGCUCUUGUUAUUGAUGGGCACUGCUGAGGAUGUAAGCAAACUCAACGCCUAACGCAUGGAGUUAAUCUGUUCACGGACAGUUCACGUUGAAAAGGGACUGGUGAAAAACAAUCACAACAUCCUGCAGGGUACAUACAACGAGAGACAAAAGGACUCAUGCUCUUUCUCUGGGAGAAAGAGUUGAGAUACAUUGUGAUCAAUCCCUCGGACAACAGAAACAUCUAGUUUGUCAAUCAUGGAAAGAGACUCUUGACACAGCCCUGCCGCUUCAAAGUGGCAGAUAUUUCUUCAAACUGCUGUUUUAAGGCAGUUUCAUUAUGGCACCUUUCAAACCCUCCCAUCUGGAUUUAAGGGAACUUGCUGUACAGGAAUCAGUGUGGGUGUGUAUCUUUUUUUUUUAUACUUGCACGUUUAAACAUGAAUAUGUUUCAUUCUUCUGCAAAACAGAGAGGGGAGACAGACAGAGGAGAGCGUAAUGUCUGAGAUCUAUCACCCACUAAACGAGACAUUUUUAAAAACAGACACUUCAGCGCACAUCAUAUACCUGUCAUCCCCUCGUGCUGUUACCCGUAUAGCCAUGUACAGAUAAAACUACACUGUAGAACAGACAACUGGAAACCAUAACAGACAAUGGCAUGCUUAAGGUCUUCAACUCUGCACUUGAGAAAAAAUGAGAAAAAAAGUGUUAUUUUUUAUUUUCCUGUUCUUUAUUUUCUUUUCCUAUGGGACUGGCUCUGUUUUUUGCUGCUCCCUUCCUGUAAUUACAUAAUGAACUAAUUGCAUUUGCUAUGACGAGGAGGAAGAGGAGUCGUCGACGAAUGGUUUGGUACGAAGAUGAAUCAUGUAAAAGUUUGACUUUGACAUUAAAAACUUCAAACACU